UCUCUCUCUCUCUCUCUCUCUCUCUUAUAGAGUUGCUUCUACCAUAGCUAGCUAUGGCAAUAAACAUGAGAAUUGCAGCACCUAAUACUUGUGUGUCGACGAUAUCGGCCUCGCUGUCGCCCUCUGCCGGGCAGAAGAGUUGCUGCCAUGCUGCAAGCCUUUCUUUCUCCUUCCAUGCUGCCGGAGAGAAGCUGCUGCCCCUCCGCCGUCGGAAUUUGCCGCGGUCAGACGGCACCACAUCUGGCCUCAUCUCUGCAAGUGCAGUUUCUGAUGACUACUGCAGCUCCAACAUCAGCCUUACUUCUGAUGUUGAUAGUAGUGUUGUAGGAAUCAUCCUUGGUGGUGGAGCUGGGACUCGACUGUAUCCCCUAACAAUGAAGCGGGCAAAGCCGGCAGUCCCUUUUGGAGCCAACUACAGACUGAUAGACAUUCCUGUCAGCAACUGCCUGAACAGCAGCAUAUCGAAGAUUUACGUCCUGACGCAGUUCAAUUCCGCCUCGCUAAAUCGUCACGUCUCGCGAGCUUACGGAAGUAACACGGGCAUGUUCACCAACAAAGGGUUUGUGGAGGUUCUCGCGGCGCAACGAAGUCGAAACACGCCGACUUGGUUCGAGGGCAAUGCUGAUGCAGUAAGGCAAUACAUGUGGCUUUUCCAGCAGCACAAUGUUAUGGAUUACCUUGUUCUUGCUGGGGAUCACUUGUACCGAAUGGACUACCGCGGCUUCAUCACAGCACACAGAAAGGUGGAUGCGGAUAUCACCGUCGCUGCUGUACCGACAGACGAGAAGCGUGCGACUGCUUUUGGCCUGAUGAAGAUGGAUGAUGAAGGACGCGUAAUCGAGUUCGCGGAGAAACCUGAAGGAGAGAAGCUCGAAUCCAUGAAGGUUGACACCACCAUAUUAGGGCUUGAUGAUGAAAGAGCAAAAGAGAUGCCUUAUAUUGCUAGUAUGGGUAUCUAUGUGAUUAGAAAAAGAGCACUGAAGCAACUGCUUCUUGAGAAGUUUCGUGGAGCCAAUGAUUUUGGAGGUGAACUGAUUCCUGGUGCAAUAAAUGUUGGAAUGAGGGUACAAGCUUACUUGUUUGAUGGUUACUGGGAGGAUAUCGGCACCAUUGAGUCGUUUUACAAUGCCAAUCUGGGAUUGACUAAAAAGCCAGUACCCAAUUUCAGCUUUGACGAUCCUUCCGCUCCGAUUUACUCCCAACAUCGGUGUUUACCGCCCUCGAAGAUGGUUGAUGUGAAUGUUACUGAUAGUAUUAUUGGUGAGGGAUGUAUUAUCAAAGAUUGCAAGAUUCAUCAUUCAGUGGUCGGGCCGCGUUCUUGCAUCUCCAAAGGUGUGAUAAUCGAAGACUCGAUAAUCAUGGGGGCGGAUUACUAUGAGAGUGAAGCCGAUAAGAACAUCCUAGCUAAACAAAGUGUUUCCCCAAUCGGAAUCAGAGAGUUUUCAGUCAUCAAGAGGGCUAUUAUCGACAAGAACGCUCACAUCGGAUGCAACGUGAAGAUCAUCAACAAGGAUAAUGUGCAAGAAGCGGAGAGGGAGACAUGUGGGUACUACAUCAAGAGUGGAAUAGUGACUGUGAUCAAGGAUGCUUUGAUCGGUGGCGGAGUUAUCAUCUAGAAGUGACUAUAUGGCCAAGUAAAUAUAAUGCUUUAUCUAUUGCGCUUUUCGUACUCUCUAGGAAUAAACAUAAGUUAACUAUUCUGUUCUUCCGUGUAAAUCCUUUUUUAUCUGCUUUUGAACUAUCGAAAUUUAUGAGUUUCCUUUUCCUUCUAAUAAAGUGUUUUAGGUAUGAGAACAUAAUCUCGCAUGAAAGUGAGGAAACAUAUUAAGACUCUUGGUUGCAAGAUAUUAAAAUUUCCUUUUCAUGCUCUGUUAUGUGUGAAUUUCAUCAACAGUUAUCGACUCAGCUGGCAUUGCCAUGUUAUGAGGAGCUGGUUUGUCCUUCUGAAUUACAGGGAGUGUUCUUUCUAACCCAAACUAUCUAGGUUCGAUAAUGCAACAUAUUUUAUAUGAUUUGAGGGUUCUCACAAUUGCCAACAUUACUUUUCAUAGUUAGGAUGAUCAUUGGUGAUUAUCCAU